UGAGUCCGAUGUUUUUGAUUUCGGCCGAAUGUUUUCGUUCUAACCUGCCACAUGUAUAAAUAACUCUUUCAAGUUUCAAUUCAACCAGCCCGCUUUAGAAUUUAAUAAGUGAAACGUCUUUAGUUUGUUCAGCCCCAACGUUUUCUAUAUUAUUUUCCGGAAAAUGUCCUCGAUUUAAUGAAACUAUUAUAGUUUCAUGACGGGAUGGCCGGUCCAAACUUGUGUCUGUGUGGUGUCUCUAGUCAGUUAGGCACCUUUAUUUUCGUGUAGUUUUCACAUCUCCUCUGUGUAAAUCAGGUAAAAGAUUAGUCCAGCUUACAAACAGUCAUGGCUGUUGUAAUUGAAACCACCCUAGGUGACGUAACAGUUGAUCUUUUUAUUGAAGAAAGGCCUCAAACAUGCAAAAAUUUUUUGAAACUCUGUAAGGUCAAAUACUACAAUUUCAAUCUGUUUCAUUCGGUCCAAAGUAAUUUCCUUGCCCAAACUGGAGAUCCCACUGGUACAGGAAAUGGAGGAGAGUCCAUUUUUGGGUUAGUGAUGGGACUUGAAGCCCGUUAUUAUGAAGGAGAAAAAACUCCCAAAAUAAAACAUAAUCGUCCAGGCCUUCUAUCUAUGGUCAACUGUGGAGGCAACAUGUUGGGAUCCCAAUUUUUCAUUACUCUUGGCCCAGACUUGAGUUCGCUUGAUGAUCACUGUGUCUUUGGUGAGGUGGUUGAAGGCCACGAUGUCCUUCUUAAACUUAAUGAAACGAUUUGUGACAAUUUGUUUCGACCUUACCAGGAUGUCAGGAUCACACAUACUGUAAUCCUGGAAGAUCCCUUCGAAGAUUUACCAGGCAUGAUCAUACCAGACUGCUCUCCAGAUAGAUCUCAAAUGAUCGAAAGUGGUCGCAUUGCUGCGGAUGAAUCAGUUGUCGAAGAGGAACUCUCUGAAGCGGCAGUAGCAGAAUUACAGGCAGAAAAGGAAGCCAAAGCUCGUGCGACAGUCCUUGAAAUAGUUGGUGAUUUACCAGAGGCAGAUGCAGCACCUCCAGAAAACGUGCUCUUUGUCUGUAAGCUAAAUCCAGUAACCACCGAUGAAGACUUGGAACUUAUUUUUCGCAGAUUUGGUAACAUCAAAAGCUGUGAAGUCAUCAGGGACAAAACGACGGGAGAUUCCCUUCAGUAUGCGUUUAUAGAGUUUGAAGAGAAAGAAGCCUGCGAACGAGCAUAUGAAAAAAUGGAAAACACCCUCAUAGAUGAUCGCAGAAUACAUGUUGACUUCAGUCAGAGUGUGGCAAAGUUACGCUGGAGAGGCAAAGGGAGAGGUGUUGAGCAUAUUAAUGUGAAUGAAGGCCCAACAAGAAAUGGUCAAGGUCGAAAAACAAGUGAAGAAAGGAGAAUUGCUAGUCACACAGACAAUGGCAGACGGACAGACCGGCGUAAUUAUGAUCAAAGAGGUGACAGAAGCAACUACGACACAUUCCGCAAAAGUGAUCGCCCGGAUUCCAGAGGCCAAGAUCGCAGUGGAGACAGGAGAAAUGAUCGAAGUGAACGCAGCAGUGACCGAAGACGCGAAAUCAAGACUAGUGAAAGCAGUAAAAGGGACUCCAAAGGAGAGAGGAACCAUAGAGGUGAAAUCAGAAUGGAAGACCGAGACUACGACAGAAGAGAGAGAGGCAGGGACAGAGAAACCACCAAAGAUCGAGAUAGGGAUAGGGGCAGGGACAGAGACCAUGACAGAGAUAGAGAACGCGACAGAGACAGGGAUAGGUUUAAAGAAAAAGAUAGGAACAGAGAAAGAGAUCGCGACAGAGAUAGGUACAAAGAAGACCGUAAAAGAAGUAGCGAGGACACGAGGGGAGAGGAGAGAAAAAAGGAAGAAUCUAGUCACUACAAUGAAUCAAAAAGAAAGCAAGAGGAGUACGAAGAAAGAAGCAGCUCCAUCAACAAGCGCAUUCCUCCUGAAAAGAAUAGCAGAAGAAAUUCAAUUGAUGUAAGUAACAAGAUAGAUGAGCACGAUACAGAGAUCAAGAAAGAUUCCAAGAAUUCCUAUGAUAAACAUAGUAGAAAAGAGUCCAGUCAAGAUAAAAGGAUUGACUAUCAGGACUCGUACGACAACAAAGAUUCUAGAGAUAGAAAAAGUAGCCCAAAAAGGAGCUCUGAGAAAGAAGAUAAGGAAAGAAAAUCUAAAAGUUACAAGCUCUCAGAGGAAAAGCAGUUGCUUUCAAGCAGAUCUCCAACUAACAAUGAGUAUGUAGUGAUGGAAUCAAACCACAUUUCAUCACCAGUUAGCAUCCAUUCACAACGAAGUAGCAGCUCUAAAAACACUGUUGUCAGAGCUGAAAUGACUACAAAAAAAAGUAAGAAAAGGAAACUUAGCUCGUCCAGCUCUGCAAGCAGUAGCUCAGGCAGUAGCUCCAGUGACUCCGAUUCUAAUUCUAGCUCCAGUUCAUCAGUUGACAUGACAGUGGCCAAAAAAUAUUACAACCACAAAGGAAAACUAGUUCGUAAAGUUAUCACCAAAAAACAAAAAAACAAAGAUUCCAAGCGGAAGAAACGUAAAAAUGACAAAAUAGUAGUCAUUAAAAAAAUUAAAAAGAAACCGUCAAGCUCUGAUGACGAUUCAGAAUCAUCGAGUGACAAAAGUUCCCAUGAGCGGCAUAAACGUCGUAAAUCAAAAUCAAGUAAAAAGAAGAGUAAGAGGAAACACUCAGAAUCGGAUAGCGAUAGCUCUGAUUCCACUGGUAGUUCUCGAAAAAAGAAGAAAAAGUCCAGAAGGAAAUCAAAAAGAACUUCAAGCAGUGAUUGAUGUUGUCAUGCCGCACUUUGAUAGCUUCUUUUUCAUUAUGCAUAAGAUUCUCAAAAAAAGAUUACUUCUGAUUCCGAAAAUGAAUGGUUGAACUAGUAUACGCUAAAGGAGCAUAUAUUAACAUUACAAUUUAAUCAGAAACAAUGGUUGCACACAGAAGUUUUGAUAAUGGAUAAGAGAUUGUCUGCAUUUUUUUUUCUUUGGUGGACAUUUUUAUGGAUAUGAGUGAAUGUUUUGACCCAAAAAUAGCGGAAGGUUGUAUUAAUAAAUAAGUAUUCAAAUGGUGAAUUGUGAUUAAAUCACAGCAUUUAAAAGUACAAUAGCUCUGUAUCUAGAUGGUGCUAAAGCAUUAUCAAACCCUCCUUUGUUGCAGAAACUUUCAGUUCCUUUUAAUGCCUUAGGUAAUAUUUACGAAGGCACCUUGAACGGCCACCAAAAAAAUUUGUUCAGAUGUUUUCAAAAGAAAAGCUCCUGUGAGCAAAAUAAAAAAUAACGAUGGAAAUAAUUCAAGGAACUUUCUAAAAAAGAAGAAGAAAAAUUCAGCGCAUGGUAGUCUCAAUGUGCUUUUAAGUUAAGUAUUAUCCUUUUACCGUUAAAUUUGUAGAAAUGACUUUGAGUUUUUUAA